AUGAGUGACAAGUCUGGUCGAGUUGCUGUCAUCGGGGCUGGUAUUAGUGGGGUGGUUACUGCCGGACAUCUUCUGGCUGCUGGCCUCCAAGUGACGGUUUUUGAGAGAAGCAAUGCAGCUGGAGGAGUGUGGCUUUACGACAAGCGCACGCCAAUUGAAGCCCAAUAUCCAUCUCCUAAACCGACUGCAUCGCAGGAGUAUGUGAAAGAUGACAGAGAAGGCAAGGAAAGAAAGAUAUUGCUCCAUGCGCCCCCAGGGCCUUGCUACGAAAGUCUCACCAAUAACGUCUCGACUCCAUUACUUGAGACAAAGCUCAAUACUUGGCCCGAAGGAACUGGGCCCUACGUGAGACAUUAUGUCCUCAAGGAUUAUAUCCAGGAUACAUCCAAAAAGGCCGGUGUCGACGAUGUCACCAAGUUUGGUGCUCGAGUUGAUCGAGUUUACAAGGAUGGUUCGACAUGGACCGUCGAGUGGAGUACGCUGAACGACUCAGACCAAGACCUUGUUGAGAAGCAGGAGUCUGAGACAUUUGACUCGGUGAUUGUGGCUUCGGGGCAUUAUCAUACGCCUCUUGUCCCAGACAUUCGGGGCCUGGCCGAAGCAAAGAUUCAGUGGCCUGCGAAGAUCUUCCAUUCCAAGUCCUUCAGAAAAUCAGAAGGAUUCGAAGGAAAGAAUGUACUUCUGAUUGGAGGAGGUGUGUCUGCCCUCGACAUAGCCAAGGAGAUCAGUAUCACCGCAAACAAAGUCUAUCAAAGCACCCGAAAUGGCGCUUUUGACCUCCCUGAGAGCGCACUCCCCCCGAACGCCACAAGGAUUGGCGAGAUUGGAGAGUUCAAAAUCUCUACAUCGACUGCUUCAAAUGAACACUUGCCUUUAACCGCGCACCUCAAAUCCGGAGAGUCGUUCGGUGAAUUUGACACGAUCAUUCUCUGCACAGGAUACCAGAUGGCCCUCCCAUUCCUUGACGAAUUCAACGAUCAUAGUGUGUCAGCCACCGAGGCCAAUGACAGAGUACUUGUAACGGACGGCACUCAAGUCCACAACUUGCAUGAAGACAUUUUCUAUAUCCCUGACCCCACACUCGCCUUUGUCGGCAUUCCCUUCUAUACAGCGACAUUCUCGUUGUUCGAAUUUCAAGCUAUCGCGGUGGCAGCUUUUCUCUCUGGAGUUUCGCAGCUUCCAUCUACCGAGGAUUUGCGUGCAGAGUAUGUGGAUCGCGUGAAAACCAAGGGCCAUGGACGAAGCUUCCAUUCGCUCAAGGAGCAAGAACAACCGUAUGUCAAAAAGUUGAUCGGAUGGGUCAACGCUGGUAGAGUUGAAAAUGGUCUACCUUUGAUCGAGGGUCAUACUGAGGCGUGGGUUCAAGAAAGGGUAGCUUUGGGUGAAAGACUCAAAUUGAUACUUGCAGGGCAGCUUCCGCGGGCAGAUGUGUUCAAAAGCCCGGCAGAAGUACAAGUUUCGGCCUGA